CUACGCUUAUCGUUUUAAGACGGUAGACAAAACUAAAGUUUUAAGUGCGUUUUUAUUUGUGUUUUGAAUAGUUUUGUGGGUGAUUUGAUAUCAUCUAACAAUAUGGGGAAACAUUCAAAGAAAAGGCAGAGGGAAAACAGUAGCAGCUCUUCAGAAGACGAAUAUACCCUAAGGAAGGAAUACAGGCGUAUACAUAAACGUCUUGAAGAUCUUAAGAGGCGAGAAAAAUCGAACAAAAGUAAAACUUACGCCGUUCGUUCGCCUGCGUCACGAAGACGUUCACGCUCACCUGAUUUGAUAUCAAGAGCGGAUGAUGUUUCUAUCUCUCUUAUUCCUGAGUGUGAGUCUCUGGACGACCAAGAUAAAAGUUGUUUUGAUAACGACUGGAACGAUAAAGCCUCCUCCAUUGGGUCUUUACUUAUGCAGUCGAGAGAUAACCAAGAGAACAAUAUUAAUCAAAAUAACACCUCUGAACUGUUAGAUUCAUACUUGAAUGCAACAGUUUUGUUCAUAUUGGGCUAUGAUUUAGCACCAAAAAGAAAUAUUAGUCCUCCAUUUCAAAAGGAAGUAGCUUUAAGUUGGGAGGACAUGCUGAAAAAAGGAUUAUUAGAGGAUGAAAGGGCUUCACUUAUGAAUAAAUAUACCCCUCCAGAAAAUUGCCCCUUGUUGGAGGCUCCUAAGGUCAAUCAGGAGGUUCUUAAGGUCAUGAGGGAUGUUAUAGCUCGGAGGGAUAAAAAGAUCAGUGAGCUUCAAAAUCAGGUGGGAUCUGCAUUAUCGGCUUUGGGGCAAGCAUUGACUAAUCGAAAUCGAAAAAGAAGAUAA